CCGACGCUUGCCUGCUGCCUCCCCAAACCCAACUCUCCCCGCCCACCCGUCACAUCCCCUCGCCGACGCUCUCGACGCCGAUGCCGAACAUAGACGCCACCACACCCAGAAGCAGCAGGGCGGCGACGGCAGGCGGCAGCAGCAGCGGUGGCGAUGAGGGCCGGCAGCAGCAGCGGCGAAGAGCACUUGAGCCCGGAGUAAUGUAAAGGGGAGUGGUGACGGCGGCGAAGGUCAGGGAAGUGGCGGCGCUCCUCAAGCUCUCGGUUCGCUUUUUUUAUUCUGUGUUAGGCCAGCUUCCUGCCCCUAAUCGCAUGGCUAAAUCGUAGAGCAGCGGCAACGCCAUGCCCCCAAAAAUAGCCCAACGCUUAUCUUUGGUGGAUUCGGGGGGCCUCCAUGCUUGGCGCGCGGCAUUGCCUCCUCACCACCCCCUCUCCCUUCUCCGCCCAUCCUCUCCCAACCCGGAUUCUAGUCCGGCCGGAGUCAGUUCUUUCCCCAUCCGUUGAGGGACUUCUUGACAAGAUGGGGACGAAUGAAAAGGGAUUCAAGUGAGGUACCCAAUAGUAAUGCUAUCCAUGAUAAUUAUUUGAACUCGCCAUCGCGUAAUUCCUGCAUGCCGUGGGAUGGAGGAACUGAAUGCUGAAGGGGUGCAGCAAGUGGAGGAACUGAAUGUCGAAGGGGUGCAGCAAGUGGAGGAACUGAAUGUUAAAGGGGCGCAGCAAGUGCAGGAACUGAAUGUUGAAGGGGUGCAGCAAGUAGCCGUUGUUCCAAACACUGUCGACUUACUGGAAAACUUGACUGAUUCAAUGCCUCUUGUUUCCGUUGGUUUUACUGAAAGUUCCCCAGAUGGUCAUAACAGACAUUUAAGUGAAGAUUUAAGUUCGCUUACAAUUAAUAAUAUACGUGUGAAUGGGGAGGAAAGUUGCGACAACCAAUCUAAAGGGAAUGGAAUCAGUUUCCAUGGUCACAAUAGAAAUUUCAGUGAAGAUAUAGGUUCCCUUACAAUUAAUGAAUUACGUGCAAGCAAAGUAGAGGAAGAUUGUCAUAGCCAGCAUGAAGAGAAGGAACAACAAAUUAGUCGCCAUAACUCAGCUGAAAGAAACAUUUUUAAGGCAGCAGAGAUUGCCGAACGUUUCAUUCAGGCUCUAGAUAAUAGAGUUCUUGUUGAAACUGCAGCACCGAUUGAAUCUGUCAAAGAUGCUGUCAGCAAAUUUGGAGGGAUUCUUGACUGGAAAGAGAGGCGUAAAAAUGUUCAACUCGCACUUGACAAGGUGCGGGAAGAAGGUCCUGAGUACCAGAGGAGAGUCAACGCUGAAGAACUCGAGAAAAGCAAAGUUCUACAGGAGCUGUGUAGCACCAGGCGGAUCAUAGAAGGGCUGAAAUUAAGCCUGGAGAAAGCACAAACUGAAGCAUUGCAAGCACAGCAAGAUGCAGAGCUCGCUGAGAUACGAUACAAAGAGAUACAACAAGGUAUUGCUCGCAAAGAGAGUGCUGCAGUGAAGGCAGAGAUUGAUCUUGCCAAAGAACGCCAUGCGACUGCCGUAGCAGACUUGCAGUCCGUUAAAGAGGAGCUAGAGCAGCUUGAGAAGGAACACACGUCUUUAAUUACACAUAGGGAGAUUGCCGAGAUUAGAGCACAUGAAUCCACUGCCGCGUCUCAGGAGAUUGAGAAGAUCGUCGAGGACCUUACUCUUGAGCUCAUCUCACUGAAGGAGUCACUUACCUCUUCGCACGCUACCCACAUUAUAGCAGAGGAGCGAAGAAUAAAUGUGGCUUUGGCGUAUGAGCAAGAAAAGAUGGAUUCGAAGAAUGAGCUGAAGCAAGUUGAUGGGGAGAUUCAAAAGCUGAAUGAUGAGAUCUUGGCCAAUAAAGAUCUUGAGUCUAAGCUAGAAGCUGCUUCCGCGUUGCUGGCAAAUCUGCAAAGUGACUUUACUGCUUAUAUGGAAGGGACGCUGCUUGAGAAGGAAAAUGAGGUUGGAGAGGAAAUGCGAUCCAUGGUUGACGUUCAGAUGAAGCUGGCGAAGACUAGGAAAGAGCUUGAGGAUAUGAGGACAAACAUCGAAACGGCCAAGGAUGAGGUGAAAGGGCUGUGGAAUACUGCCGCUGCAUUACGAGCUGAUCUAGAGAAGGAGAAGGCAGACCUCACAGCAUUGAAAGAUAAAGUGCAUCGUGCAACAGUUUCUGCCUCGUCUUUCCAGGAAGAACUGAGAAAGACGACGCGUGAGCUCAUCGUGGUACAAGAGAGAAUAGAAGCGGCUAAAAUGCCGGCAGAGCUACGGCAGGCCACUCAAGAAACACAACGAGCAAAGGCCAAGGCUCGGUCGGCCUGCGAUGAGGUUACAAAGGCUGGGGAGGAGGCUGACCGAGCUAAGGCAGAGGUCAACGUUGUCCAGUUGAGGCAAGAAGCAGUGUCAAGGGAGAUACUUGCGGUUAAAGCAUCCGAAGAGAUUGCGAUGGCCUCAGUAAAUGCGCUGCAAGAAUACAAAGAGGAAGGAGAAACGGAACCCGAAGCCGAUCGAAGAAGUGACAAAAGCAUGAUGGUAUCACUUGAAGAAUAUGAUGCGUUGAACAAGAGAGCAAAGGAAGCCGAGGACCUAGCUAAGAAGCGGGUUAUCGAGGCGGUCGAGAAGAUCAAGGAGGCGAAGGAGGGGGAGGUGAGGAGCUUGGAUAAGUUGUAUCAGCUGACUACACAGAUUGACGAGCGGAGGGUCGCGCUGAGGGAGGCGCAGGAGAAAGCCAUCGCAGCGCAAGACCACAAGCUAACGAUGGAGAACGAGCUGAGGAAACGAAGAGUGAAGCAUGGCCAACAUUACACUGCGGGCGAGGCCGAGCUUGCAAUUCCUGAAGUCUGCCUCCUGAGGAACGGGGCAUGCUCUUUCGAUGCAGCGGGAUCGUCUGCUUCUCAUAUGCAAGGAGGAGGAGGCCCGGUAACUGCAGCAGCCGGAGAGCCAAAGGCGCGGAAGUCGUACUUCCCUCGCUCCAUAGUGACCAUGUUCAUGACUAGGAAGAAGACACAUUCCAAGUGAGCCUCCCUCCGUAGUUUGCUAAUUUCCUCCUAUGGUAUGUAUGAUUCCUCUGUACAUGUAUCAAGUAGGUUGUUACACGAUUUCUCACCCUAAUUGUACUUAUUGUUCAGAAAUGAAAUCUGGUUUCGGUCUGA